AUGCCAGCUCCGAAGAAGAACAAGAUGUCCCUUGGGGACUUCCUUGCCGAUGAGACUGCACCUCGUGACCAUCACAUGGCUGACUACGGCGCUGCGGAUAUGGGCGGUCGCAUGCCUUCCGGUCGUCCGCGUUUCGAUGGGCCUCCACCCAUGAUGCGCGAGGAGCCACCUCUCCCCACUCAGCCUCCCUUUACCGCCUUUGUGGUCAAUCUGUCGUUUGACAGCACGGAGGGCGAUGUUCGCAUGUUCUUCGAGCCUAUGAACCCUGUGAGCGUUCGCCUGGUGAAUGGUCCUGACGGCCGCCCCCGUGGCUAUGGUUAUGUCGAGUUUGAGACCUUGGAUGAGCUCAAGGAUGCACUGACCUACACUGGUAAGCCUCUUGCCAAUCGCAAUGUGCGUGUGAGUGUGGCGGAGCCCUCGUCACGCACCAUGAGGAGUGCUAUUGCCGAUGAUGCUACGCAGUGGCGCCGCUCUACUCCUCUGCCAGCAGACGACCGUCGAUUCGGAGCUCCUUCUGGCAUUUCGGGCUUUGACGAGAUGUCCAUUUCAGGCGAUGGAACUCGCAGUGGUUUCGGCUCCAAAUUCGCUCCUAGUAAUGACAUGCCUCGUCGUCGGGGACCUAUGGAGCCUGUCGAGCCAAGCGCCAGCGAUAUGGCGUCUGACUGGAGGACUGGUAAGCCUGUAUCGGGCAAGCCAUCGCGCUUUGGUUUCGGUGAUCGUGAAGGUGGGGGCCAGAGCGGUGGCUUUCGCGGGCGUCGGUUGGACGACAAUGACGUGUCGAGCUGGCGCUCAAGCAAGCCUCCAGCUGAACGCAACGUUCCUACUGAGCGUCGCAAGCUAGACCUUAAGCCCCGCACAGCUCCGGUUGAUGAGGCUACAUCCACCUCUAGCACUGGUCGUUCCAAUCCUUUCGGUGCUGCAAAGCCUGUGGAUGUUAUUGAGAGGCAGCGCGAGAUUGAUGAAAAAAUCCGCGAACAGGACCGUCUGCGCCGCGAACAGAGAGCCAAGCAAGAUGAAAAGAAGAGCAAGAGCUUUUUCAAACCUGGUGCCGCUAACGCCUGGAACACGGAAGAGCCUUCGAACAGUGAGCCUGCUGCUUCCACCGAAGAACCUUCGUCUUAA